GCGAGUCCGUCGAGAGAGAGGGAGGGAGGGAGAGAGAAAGAGAGAGAGAGAGGGAGGCUGAACAAAGCCGAGAGAAAGGAGCUGCUGGAGAAGUAGCAGGCGCUGUAUCCAACUGUCUCCCGGACAACGAGCUGGAGAACGGAGGGCUCAGGAGGAGAGACCAGCAGGAGAGAAGGGAAAGCCACGCGUUAUCACCACCGCUCCGAUAAGAAGGGCUCCCCUCAGAGUCCGUUUGUGCAGGUCUUUACGAGUUAUUGUGUUCCUACUGCGUGGUCCAUGUUUCUUGAGCGCUGUAGUUAGUCCUCAUCUAAAGCCAGGAUAACAUGCGUUCAGCAACCCCUCGGGACGUGGAGCGGAGGGUCCCCACAUGACCACAAGGAGAGGACCCACAGGGUCUGACUAGUCCACCUGCGAUAAGAACCGCAGCGAACAGGCCCCACCAUGGACCUGGAGGACGAUCCUCUGUUAUUCCAGACCAGCUGGCGCGUCCGGGAGGAAGACGAUGAAGAGGAGCCGGAGCGGGGCGAGGAAGAGCCGGCGGUGCACACGGCCCUUGGGGGCCCCGGCUGCUCGGGGGGGCCCCGGGGCUGCGGCGUGUGGAGUGUGGUGGGCUGCGUGUACACCCGGCCCUGGGCCAGCGGGCUGGUCCUGGGGCUGGGCUUCCUGCUGCCCUGCGCCCUGUCGGCCUACAUGUUCCUCUACUGCCCCCCGCUGGACAUCGACCUGUCCUACGGCGCCUUCGAGGUCCACAGCCACUUCUCGGCCCAGCGCUUCGACGCCCUUACCGCCGCCGUGAAGACGCAGCUCGGCUCCUGGGACCGGGAGCGGCGCCGGCGCCGCGACGAGGGGGGGGACGCUGGGGAGGACCUCCGGGACCUGCUGCUGCAGACGCUGGGGAGGGGGGGAGGGGGGGGGCCGGCCCAGGGAGAGGGGAACCUGACGGGCUGGAGACAGGAGGAGAGACGGGAUGGAGGGGAGAUGAGCAGACCCCGGGAGGAGGAGGAGGAGGAGGGGGAGGAGGGGGAGGAGGAGGAGGAGAGAGACACAACAGGGAGGGAGGCCGCGGACCACGACGGGACGCCGGCGGACGGAGGAGGCGUGUCCCCAUCGCGGAGGCGGCGAUUGGCCCCGGGGUACUCGUACCUGCAGAGCCAGGCCCUGUGGAGGGUGGAGCUGGUCUUCGUGGCCCAGGGGAGCGGCCAGCGCAACAUCUUCACGCCCGGGCGCCUGGCCACUGUGCACCGCGUGGAGCGCCUGCUCAUGACGCACCCCCGCUUCACGGCGUUCUGCUGGAAGCCCCUGGAGGCGCUGAGGGACCUGCCGCUGGGGCCCUCCUACUGCUCCCCGCCCAGCUCCCUGCUGUCCUACCUGUUCCCCAGCGAGCGCGCCGGCAAGAUCUUCUACGACGGCAUGGGCCCCGACCUGGCCGACAUCCAAGGCGCCCUAAGGCUGGCCAUCACACACCCACAGUUCUACUGGUACGUGGACGACAGCCUGAGCCCCGAGCGCCUGUCCUCCAGCCUCCUCCGCAGCGAGGUCCACUUCGGGGCGCCCCUCCCCUCCUUCUCCUCUACCCAGGACCGGCCCGAGGAGCAGAGGAGACGCUUCAAGGAGUUUGUGGUCCAGUAUGCCUCAAUGCUGGCCGAGCAGUCCACCAGUGAGGUGAAGGUGCUGUUCGGGGGGACGGAGCUGUUUGACGACGAGGUGCGGACCACCUUCCACAAUGACAUGAGGCUGGCCCUCAUCAGCGGGGUCUGCAUCGCCGCCCUGGUCUUCGUGCUCACCUCCUUCUCAGUGUUCCUCACGUUCUUCGGGCUGAUAAGCAUCGGGCUGAGCUGCCUGGUGGCUCUGUUCCUGUACCACGUGGUCUUUGGUGUGCGUUACCUCGGCAUUCUCAACGGAGUGGCCGCCUUCGUCAUCAUCGGCAUUGGAGUGGACGACGUGUUCGUGUUCAUCAGCACCUUCCGCCAGGCGUCCCACCUGGAGGACCGCGUGGAGCGAGCCGUCUACACGGUGAAGACGGCGGGCCGCGCCACCUUCCUCACAUCCUUCACGACUGCCGCGGCGUACGCGGCAAACACCUUCUCCCAGAUCCCAGCCGUGCAUGACUUUGGCCUGUUCAUGGCCCUCAUCGUGAGCUGCUGCUGGCUGUGGGUCUCCAUCCUGGUGCCUGCCGCUCUGUGCAUCUGGAGCCAGAGGGUCGCCGUCCGGGAGGAGGCCUGGCUGAGAUGGUGGAAGUCGCUUGCCUCCCUGUCAGCGAGCCACAGCCCUUUAUCCGACGAAGAUGACGACGUGGCGCUCCUGUCGGUGGAGAUGGAGCCAGGGACCUGUGAUCCGGACAGCGAUGCUGCCAUCCUGCUGGUGUCGGUGGAGACGGGCCCCCCUCCCGCGGGGGGGCACUGCGCGGGCGUGGUCAGCACGCGGCUCCUGGGGGCCCUGAAGCACCUGGUGGCGGAGCCGGUGGUGAAGAGACACAGAGCCGUCGUGGGGGCCUACUUCCUGGUUCUCCUCCUAUCGGCGGGCUGUUGCUGCCUGAUGCGACCGGCCACACAUGCCCCCCUGCUAUUCAGACCAGACACCAACCUGCAGACACUCCUGGCUCUCAGGAGCAACCUCAGCGGCCAGGGCAUCUCCUGCCCCACCUGCUCCGGUGUGUUCAUGGAGAAGCCCCACCUCCUCUCCUCUCACGCCAGCUCCUCCUCGCUGAGGGCCAGCGCCCGGGCACAGACCCGGCCCGGCGCCCGCCUCACGUCUCCGGAGACCCUCGCCAAGACCACCAACACCUCAGGUCCUUUGCUGACGGUGUUUGUCUCCAGGCUGGAGGUAAGAGCCUCCACCCCCCUCUACCGCUUCUCCCUGAACGCCAGCACCCCCGCCCCCUGGACGGCCCCCCGCCCGGACAAUGGGGAGGUCUCGUCGUUCCAGGCGUAUCAUCAAGCCCACAGGAAGUUCAGCAGCCGGAUGACUGUGUGCGUUUCCCGCGUGUACCAGCCCCACACCAGCUGGAUGCUGACGGCCGGCGCUUGCGAGCCGCGCCAUGGCUGGACGCCCGAGUUCUCCUUCUUCGCCUCACUUGCCCGACAGGAGCACAGCAGGAGACUGUUCUUCGCUCAGCACCGGCUCCGGCCCCACUGCAGCCGGGUGUGCAGCGACCCCCCUGGCUGUGGGAUCAGCUCAGUGCCUGAGGGACCCACCCAGGGCACUUUCUACUCCCCGCUCCCCAGCGAUCCAGAGUUGGUCGGCGCUACGAAGCCAUUGUCCAAGACCUUGGGUUUCAACCCGUGCAGUGGCGGGGUGUGCGGGCCUCCGGCCGUGAGGCCCCUGGUCGACACAGGGGCCAUGGUGUUCGUGGUGUUCGGCAUCCUGGGGGUGAACCGGACCCAGCGGACGGACAACCACGUCAUCGGGGACACGGGCCGGGUGAUAUUGGAUCCCGACUUUGAUAUUUUCCAGGAGAUGGAACAUCUUUGCAAAAUCUGCAAAGCCAUUAGUGCCAAUAAGCAGCUGGUGAAGCCAGGAGGAGCCCAGUGCCUUCCCUCAGGUAACAAGCUGUCCUCCAUCCUGCCACUGCUGCACCCUGAGUGCCAGGCCCUCCCAGAGCCCAACCUGCUGCCCGGCCAGCUGUCCCACGGCGCCGUGGGCAUGCGCCGCGGCAAGGUGCUCUGGCUCUCCAUGGCCUUCGAGUCGACGACCUACAAGGGCAAGUCGUCCUUCCAGACCCACGCAGACUUCCUGCAGUGGGAGACCUUCGUGAGGGACCUGCUGGCCACCCUGCCGCCGUCCUCCGCCCUGCGCCGCGGCUUCCAGACCUGCGAGCACUGGAAGCAGAUCUUCAUGGAGAUCAUCGGGGUGGAGAGCGCCCUCUGGAGUCUCCUGCUGUCGCUGGCCAUCUGUGUGGCGGCCGUGUCCGUAUUCACUGCUCACCUCCUCCUCCUGCUGCCCAUCCUCCUCACCAUCCUGGGGGUGGUGUGUGUGGUGGUGGCCAUCAUGUACUGGCUGGGCUGGGAGCUGGGCGCGGUGGAAGCCAUCUCCUUGUCCAUCCUGGUUGGCUCGUCGGUGGACUACUGUCUGCACCUGGUGGAAGGGUUCCUGCUGGCUGGGGAGAGCAUGGCCUCCUGGCCCGACAACAGCCUGGAUGCUCCCGCCAAGAGGCAGAGGCGGGCCUUGGAGGCAGUCAACCACGUGGGCGUGGCCAUCGUGUCCAGCGCCGUCACCACGGUGAUCUCCACGGUUCCGCUCUUCUUCUGCGUCAUUGUGCCUUUCGCGAAGUUCGGCCAGAUCGUGGCCAUCAACACGGCGGUGUCCAUCGCCUUCACGCUGACUGUCACCGUGGCCCUGCUGGCAUGCGUGGGCCCCGCCGGGUUCUCCCGGCCCCGGGGGGCCGUGCUGAAGGCCAGCCUGGCCGUGUCGACGGCCGUGGCCCUCGGGGCCGGGCUCUGCUGGGCGGGGGGCCGGCUGGGGUCCCUGGCCUGGCCCCCCGUCACCCUGUGAACCCUUGCUGUCCGCCACUCAGCCGUUGAUGUCAAGCCACCGUUUUACCUCUGGAGGCCUGUGAUGAGGAGGACUGUCAGUCCUCAGCAGCCCAGUCCUCUCCUCUCUCUGGCUGAACUCAGAUCAGUGCUCUGGUUCUUGGCUGAACUCAGAUCAGUGCUCUGGUUCUGGACUGAACCCAGAUCAGUGCUCUGGUUCUGGACUGAACUCAGAUCAGUGCUCUGGUUCUACUUCACUACAGUACAGCGAUGUCACGUCCUUUAGGAAAAGAGUCAAGGUAACUUAUUUAAAAAAAAUCUCUGAAAAGGUGUCAUACUUUUUGUUAAUAUUGUUUCUCAGGCAGAGAGAUACAGACUGGUCUGUGAGACGUUGCACAGACAGGAAUAGGAUUCCAUUUCAUCACGAUGAUGCAUCACAGUCAGUCUCUGGAGUGUUUUUGCCGAUUGAUUUGAUUGAUCUUUUGUUCCCAUGGGUAUGGCACAGAAAUAACAAGUUCUACAUUUCACAUUUAUAUCUGACAUUCUCUUUGUUCAGUGUGAUGUGUGUAUCUGUGUGCUGCUCCGUAUUGUUCUGUAUUGUGUAUUUCAGAUUCUGCUUCCAACUCACAACUGCGUUUCCCAAGCGCUCUCCCCUUUUGCCUGAACUCCUCCUCCUCUUUACUCCCCCAUCAUCCUACACUCAGAACCUGAGAGCCAUUUAAACCCACCGUCAUGAGUAGCAGCAUCUAAAGGAGCGGUCUUUGUUUGUCCCUGAAGCAUCGGUGGACCCAUUAUCGGUUGUCGGUCUUUGUUUUCCGAUGGGAGCAACUAAAUGGCCGUUGAUGCCCCCAUGGCUCUCUCCCUCCCUCUCUCUCGUCUGAUGACAGAGAGGGGGGGGGGGGGGGGGUUGUUGUUGCAAUUCACACUCAGCUACCAGGUCCUGUGUGGUGCCAGAGAUAAGGUGGAAGCCAUUUGUCAGCACGCCUCACAAAGACGCUCCUACGGGGCCGCUGCGUCUGGGAGCGGUCGUGCUUUUUCUGUUCUGUAUUCUUGUCAAUGUUGAAUAAAGCAGCUGCAGAGAAGAAGUGUGUUCUUAAAAGAAAAGCAAGAACAAAAUGCACAGUUCAGCUGUUUACACAGUCAGUUUAUAUUUAAAUGACUCAAAACUAACAUCUAUAUAUAUAUUUAUUGUGAAUGCCUGUAUUAUAGUACAAUUGUAGUUAUUUGCCACUAGAAUAUGAAUUAUCGUAUUCCAGUCACAUCUAGGGAUCAGUAGAUGUGUGCAGAAACAUUGCUGUCAGGCAAUGUUUGGAAUGGUCAUUCAAUUUAAAACUGACAUAAUAAAUUUAACUUUAAAUACAGAGA